AUGGAAGCAAGCUCAACAGGCGAUAGUAUACGUCUCGAGUACGACAUGGCCCCUUGGGUCUCCUUGCAUCUGCCCUUUGGCAUCCAUCGACAGACCGGCGUCGUCUAUCUGCACUCGCGAAUUGCCCUUGCUCUUCUGCCCCGGCCCGAUUGGAGCGUUGACAACAGAAGGCUGCGGUACACCUUCGAUGUGUUGGCUCGCGACCCAGGCGGCCUGACUUCUGCGGCUCGAGUGCACAUUCACCUCGUGGCUGAGGCCAAAGACUCGCUUGUCGUCGCCCUUCGCGCCCCGCUACAGCUUCCGCGUGUGUGGCUCAAGCAGACGGACGAUCGAGCAAUCGAGGCAGAUGCUGCCAAGACAGACUAUAGCUCCAGUUGCUGCCGACCAGCCGGAGGCUUUGUGGACGCGGCUCCUGACGACAUGUUCGAGAGAGACGUGGCCGGCAGUCGGAGCAACAUGUCGGCUCGAGUCGUCUUCCAGGCCUCCUGUGGCCAGGCCUACGUCUCGGGGCGCGGCGCCCUCCUCGGCCCGCUGAGGUACACUAUCGCCGCCUGGCCGGUCAACCGCGCCAUUGGCGAGCGUCUGCUUCAGCUCAACCACGCCACCGGUCAGCUCGUGCUGGCCGAUCGGCCCGACACGACGAGUCUCCCGGCGCCCACCUCGGCCAGACUGUACGUUGCCGUCCGACUGGUCUGUUGGCAACAGCUCCGGUCGGCCGGCCACAUGUCCCGUGUCCGGCUGGCGGAACAAGAGGUCUGGCUGCAGACGUCCGGCCGGGUCGGGCGUCUCGGCGACCGGUUGCGCUGGUCCGUCGGGCUGGCUCGGAUGCCGGUCGAGACGGCUCAGCUCUGGCAGACGACGUGGCGUCUGGUCUCGUCUGCCGGCGCGGCCGGCGCCGACACGCCGGCCUCGGCCGGCCUGUGUCUGGCCAGCGUCGAGGCGGACGGCCAGUCCGAGUCGCGGCUGGCCGGGCGCCUGGAGCUGGAGGCCGUGGAGACCGUGCCCUUGACGGCGGUUGACGAGGCCGGCGUCGAGUCGCGCCACCUGCGCACGGACGCGAGGCCGGCCGACCUGCCGGCGUGCGUGCGAGGCGCGAGCGCCGCGGCCGCGGCCGAGGCGCCGGCGUCGGCGCCGCCCGCGGCCUGCGCCAUUCGUCUGGCCGGACUCGCCAUCCCCGUGGCCCAGGGCGCGCCGGCCGGCAGUCGACUGGCCCGACUGACGGUGCUCGAAGCGCGGCCCGAGGCCUGCUCGAGGCUGAUGAGCGCCGCGCGCGGCUGGCUCUGGGAGACGGGCUUCUACCUGACCAGCGGCCACGAGGCCUUCACUCUGGAGCCGCGCACGGGGGAGCUGCGACUGCGCGUCGACUGGGCUCGAGUCCCGCGCGCCGGCGCGCGGCCCGGCUCCGACGACGCCGGCGCCGCAUCGGCGCCGGGCUCGGGCGCCGGUGGCGCCGAGGCCCGCGAGUCGGUCGUCUUCAGCGUGCGCGCCCGCCGGCGCUACUCGCGCGUCUCCCCGUCGGACGGACGUCGGUACCAGCUCGUCAGUCUGGACUCGGCCCGAAUGCGCGUCUUCGUCUACACUCCGGCGUCGCGACGCCUCGGCUCCGGCGCCGGUCUCCAGUGCGACAGCCGCGAGAUGGUCUGGCGCGUGGACCGACUGGUCGGAGGCCGGAGGCUGGGCCGGCUCCGUGUCGGCCGGGGCCAGAGACGGCCGGCCGGGGCGCGCGAAGAGGAGUCCGAGGAGGAGGCGGGAUUCGAGCAGGCCGGACUCGUGUACAGGCUGGUCGGCGGCGCCAGGCGCGCUUGGCCGUACGCCGUCGACCACCUCUCCGGUUGGGUCCACGUCGUGCGACACCUGCGCUCGCCUCAGCUGCACAUCGCCUUGGCUCGAGUGCCUCGGGUCAAGCGGCUGCGGGUCGCCGUCUCCACCACCGCCGGCACGCAGUGGGGCCAGACGCCGAGUUGGCCGGCCCGGGAAACGGUCGUCUGCCAACUGACCCUUGUGUUGGCACCCAUCAACCGGUUCACGCCGUGGCCGGCAACACGCUCGCCCGUCUGGAGUCCCCGGUCGACGCCGAACCGAGGCGAGACGGAGGAGGAGGAGGAAGUUUUUCGAGUAGCCGUCGAUGCCAACAGCUUUCGACCCGGUAAUGCGUCAAGUGAAUGUAGCUCAAGAUAA